AUGAAGAUAGAGGAAGACCCAAACACCAACUGUCAGAAGAAAGAUUCAUUAGAAGACAGAGGAAGACCCAAAACACCAACAAUCGAGAAAACAAUUAGAAUAUUUCCAGGUGUUGAAAAUUAUACGGAUGUUUUGCUUACCUUGAAAAGUUUACAGUCUCGGAUCAUCUUAUUAUAUGCUUCCAAAGAAGAUUCAGAACGCUUAUUUGCUGAUGCCAGUGAUUUAGAAUUGACUUCAAAAGGUUAUGCAUGGAUUGCUACUGAACAAGCCUUGCAAGCCUCUAAUAUACCUGUAGGCGUCAUCGGCACUCAGCUGAUAAACGGUACAAAUGAAGCCGCCCAUAUUCAAGACAGCAUUGCUCUGAUUGCCCAAACUUUCAUACGUUUACACAAAGAGAUGAACAUCUCCGAACCACUCAAUGAGUGCACUGAUAUUAACAUCCCUUGGUACGAAGGCAAAACAAUCCUCAAAUAUUUGAAAGCUGGACAUUUGGAAAAUGGUGUAACUGGUCAAGUGAGUUUCAAUAUGGAAGGAGACAGAUUGAACCCUGUCUACAACAUAAUGAAUGUCCAGCCAACACGUACAGUGGCAGUUGGUAUCUAUGGAAGUAGAAAGAAAUCACAGCCAGGAGAAAACCCAUUGGCUAUUGCUGAUAACAUCAACAUUGUGUGGCCAGGCAACACAUAUGAACGACCAGAAGGAAUUCGAAGGACAACCCACCUACAGGUUGUAACAAUACAAGAGGAACCUUUCAUCAAAAAACGACUCAAACAAAAAGGAGAGAGCUGUGAACCAGAAGAGGUUACCUGUCCUCAUAGAAAUAAAACCUCAGGUCUACCUCAACCUCUAACUCCUUUUCAUCCUUUAUUUCCACUGGGUAGUUUGCCACUCCCUCCUCCAUAUCUCUGUCUAGUGUUGCCCCCCCCCCACCUCUUCAUCUCUUCCCAAAGGCACAGAUGCAACGUAACCGAAUAUUGUUGCAAGGGUUACUGUAUUGAUUUGCUGGUUAACCUUUCUGCAAGAGUCAAUUUUACAUUUGCUGUUCACAUGAGUUCGGAUAAUACAUAUGGAUCCUUUGAAAGACGUAAUGGUUCCACAGAGAAGAAAUGGAAUGGUAUGAUUGGAGAAUUGGUUUUGGCAGAAGCUGAUAUGAUCAUGGCCCCUUUGACAAUUAAUCCAGAAAGAGCUCAGCACAUAGAUUUCUCAAAACCUUUCAAAUAUCAAGGACUCACAAUCUUAGUGAAAAAGACUCGAAAAGACUCAAGUUUAGCAUCCUUUCUGCAACCAUUUCAAGACACCUUAUGGAUCUUAGUUGGACUGUCUGUCCAUGUUGUGGCACUCGUUCUCUACCUCCUCGACCGGUUCAGCCCAUUUGGUCGUUUUAAGUUGGCCAAAAGCGAUGACACAGAGGAGGAUGCUUUGAACCUCUCAAGUGCCAUGUGGUUUGCUUGGGGUGUAUUACUCAACAGUGGAAUUGGAGAAGGUACCCCCCGCAGCUUCAGUGCCCGUGUUUUAGGAAUGGUCUGGGCAGGCUUUGCCAUGAUCAUUGUUGCCUCCUAUACAGCUAACUUAGCUGCUUUCUUGGUGUUGGAUCGACCGGAAGCUUCCAUUUCUGGAAUUGACGACCCACGACUUCGGAAUCCCCAGGAAAAUUUUAAAUAUGCCACAGUAAAGAAGAGCGCUGUGGAAAUGUAUUUCAAACGCCAGGUGGAGUUGUCCACAAUGUAUCGUACAAUGGAGAAUCGUAAUUAUGAUACUGCUGAAGAAGCAAUACAAGAGGUUCGACAGGAAAAACUACAGGCUUUUAUUUGGGACUCUUCCCGAUUAGAAUUUGAAGCGGCCAAUGACUGUGAACUCGUCACUGCUGGUGAAUUAUUUGGACGUUCUGGAUAUGGGAUUGGUCUCCGGAAACAUAGUCCUUGGACACAGGAAAUCUCACUAGCCAUUUUAAGCUUCCAUGAAAGUGGAUACAUGGAAAAGCUAGAUUCUAAAUGGAUUCUUGUUGAGACACACAAUUGUCCAGAAAGGGACUCUUCCCCAGCCACCUUAGGACUGACCAAUAUGGCAGGUGUGUUUAUGAUGGUCGCUGGCGGGAUAGUGGCUGGGGUUCUGCUAAUCUUUGUAGAGAUUUUAUACAAACGACAUCGAGGAAUGAAAGAGAAAGAACUCGAGUUGGCACGGAAUGCUGCAGAUAGAUGGCGUGGAAAUAUUGAGAAUAUCUAUCUAUCUAUCUAUCUAUCUAUCUAUCUAUCUAUCUAUCUAUCUAUCUAUGUUUAUUAUCAAUGUCUUUUCAUUAUAUAUCUAUCUAUCUCAGUCGGUUCAUUAUCUAUUUCAGUCUGUUCAUUAUCUAUCUAUCAUCUGUUUCAGUCUUCUUGA